GCUGGUGUAGGGAGCUGAAUAUUAAAAGGGUGACUGUGGAGUUAUUGAUUGGCUGCAAUUUUUUUUCCUAUUUCACUCUUCAUUUCAAAAAUCUCCAGGUAAAGUGAUAGCCAGCCAGGAGCUUAAAGACAUUCCUGGUGGAGGGGUGAGUCAGCUGGCGCAAAAGGGCUAAGGUCUGGUUCUUCGGCGCAACGGUCCCCUCUCACCCAACCAGAGGGCAGGGUGCAGGGCCGCGCCUGGGACCGAAGCCGCGUCCGCUCCCACCCGCGCGCGGCGGUGUGACCCCGCAUCAGUGCUCCAGGAGGACGCGGGCAACGACGCUCCGCCGCCGCCGCGGUCUGGGCAAACAUUUCACGCUCAAGCUCCCCCGCCGGUCCGCCUAGAAUCUGGAUCUAGCAGAAGCCUCAUCCUCUGCAGUGGCGGGACAGCCAGAGGGUCCCUAACUGCGGUCCGGGAGCAGCGCCCAGAGGCGCAGAGUCCCGCCUUUGAGCUCCGAAGGCAGAGCCACAGUUGUGAUCGGUUUGGAGGAAGAGACUGGCGCUGGAUAUUUGAAUUCCGAAUUAAUGUAGAAUGCAGAAUCAGGCAGUGCAGAAAAGCGGACUCCCGUAAUUCUUGGAUUACAUUUUGCAAGCGCCUCCUCGAACUUCGAGUCAAGCCUCGGGUAGGGAAGGAGUUAGGGCCCCGGCCCAGCGCAGCGGCUGGAGAGGGUCCACGGGCAGCCCCGCAUGUCUCUGGCUAUGUCGUCUUUAAUGCCCUGCCCCUUUGCGUGGCUUUCUGAGGAUUACCAGGACUGGCUGGGGUUGCUUUCCACCGGAGCUCUCUCUCACACCCCCAGCCAAACUCUGCGGGCAGGACUUCCGCGAGCCUAGACCCUUUGACUCCCUGCUCCCUCGCUCCCUCCUCCGACCCCGCCCGGGGGUGGCCCUCGAGAGCGGCACCUCGCCCGGCCCCCGGCUAGGACCAUGGUGUUUCUCUCCGGAAAUGCAUCCGACAGCUCCAACUGCACCCACCCGCCGGCACCGGUGAACAUUUCCAAGGCCAUUCUGCUCGGGGUGAUCUUGGGGGGCCUCAUCAUUUUCGGGGUGCUGGGGAACAUCCUAGUGAUCCUCUCCGUGGCCUGCCAUCGGCAUCUUCACUCAGUCACUCACUACUACAUCGUCAACCUGGCCGUGGCCGACCUCCUGCUCACCUCCACCGUGCUGCCCUUCUCCGCCAUCUUCGAGAUCCUGGGCUACUGGGCCUUCGGCAGGGUCUUCUGCAAUAUCUGGGCGGCGGUGGACGUCCUGUGCUGCACCGCGUCCAUCAUGGGACUCUGCAUCAUCUCCAUCGACCGCUACAUCGGCGUGAGCUACCCGCUGCGCUACCCCACCAUCGUGACCCAAAGGAGGGGUGUCAUGGCUCUGCUCUGCGUCUGGGCACUGUCCCUCGUCAUCUCCAUAGGGCCUCUGUUCGGCUGGCGGCAGCCGGCCCCGGAGGACGAGACCAUCUGCCAGAUCACCGAGGAGCCGGGCUAUGUCCUCUUCUCAGCGCUGGGCUCCUUCUAUGUCCCUCUGGCCAUCAUCCUAGUCAUGUACUGCCGGGUCUACGUGGUAGCUAAGAGGGAGAGCCGGGGCCUCAGGUCUGGCCUCAAGACCGACAAGUCGGACUCGGAGCAGGUGACGCUGCGCAUCCAUCGCAAAAAUGCCCCCGAAGGGGGCGGCGGGAUGUCUACUGCCAAACACAAGACGCACUUCUCCGUGAGGCUCCUCAAGUUUUCCCGGGAGAAGAAAGCGGCCAAAACUCUGGGCAUCGUGGUGGGCUGCUUCGUUCUCUGCUGGCUGCCUUUUUUCUUAGUGAUGCCAAUUGGGUCUUUCUUCCCUGAUUCCAAGCCCUCGGAAACAGUUUUUAAAAUAGCAUUUUGGCUCGGAUACCUAAACAGCUGCAUCAACCCCAUCAUAUACCCAUGCUCCAGUCAAGAGUUUAAAAAGGCGUUUCAGAACGUCUUGAAAAUCCAGUGCCUCCGCAGAAAGCAGUCUUCCAAACACGCCCUGGGCUAUACCCUCCACCCACCCAGCCAUGCCUUGGAGGGGGAGCACAAGGAUAUGGUGCGUAUCCCUGUGGGAUCAGGAGAGACCUUCUAUAAGAUCUCCAAGACAGAUGGGGUCUGUGAAUGGAAAUUUUUCUCUUCUAUGCCCCGUGGAUCUGCCAGGAUUACAGUGCCCAAAGACCAAUCAGCCUGCACCACGGCCCGGGACUUUUAAUGAUGCAACCACCUGCAAACAGCUCCAUGGAGCCCAGUUGGAACACUGUUUGCACCUGCUCCUUGUCUACAAACUGUGCUGUGGAGCAGGGCUGAGCCCAGGCUGCUGAGGUGUCCACCAUCUUCAAAACACAGUGGCCAACAGUUGCUUUGGGCCCUUCAUAGUUCCUGCAAGAUGACUGAGUGGAGGUGCCCACUGUGAGUUGAGCGGGCCAGAGCAAGUGGCCACAUAUAGGAUUUCAGUGGAAGGCACAGCUCCUAGCUGAAGCUCAGUCCAGCACACUCCCACAGGACCCAGAUGUCACGGUGGGUGGGGGGUGAGGAUGAGCCUGGAUGAAAAACACUCCUCUCUGCAGGAAAAUGCCCUCAUUUCUUCUUUGCCACUGCAACAUGGUUUACUGGUACUCCCACCUAAACGGAAAGUUAUUGGGGGGAGAGGUAAGUGUGUUGAGGAGGGGAAAGGUUUACCAUAGACAUUACUCAAAGGCAGAUGGGUUAGUAAUACUUUGCUGCAACUGGUAAACAAGAGAUUUCCCAAAAGCUGGCUGCUUAUUCAUUUCAAAGGACAAAAUAAUUCUCUUUCUUUUUUGUGUGUCUCAAGAGUUACUAAUUUUCCUCCAUAUCAUCAGGGUAGCCAUAUUAUAAGCUAGAAAUGAUUAUUGCUAAACUAUGAAAAAUACAGACUUUAUUAGGUAGAAAAAAAUCUAAGAGCAAAUUUAUACUGUAUUUGCAAGAAAAAAAAAAGGUGCUAACCUAUUAGAAAGCCUUAAUACAAUACAUACAUCCAAAUCUGGUGGAGAAGAAGCUAAAACAGAAAAUCCCAACAUGUGUUAAAUACUUCUAUUUAUAUAACAUUUUUUACUGUUCGAAGCAGUUUUACCUAUCUUAAGUCAUUCAGUGAGGUAAAAAGAGAAGAGAUUAUUAUCACAUAUUAUUAGCAUAUGAGGAAACAGAUGGGGAGAAGUCUAAGGACUGCUUUGAAUAUCCACAGCUCCAACCUCUGACUUGUUUUUCAGUUAUGCUCUCCACACCCCUGAUCUACUGUGUUUCUCAAGAACCUAACUCUCAUAUUUCACUCAUCAUCUCAGGUCUGUAAUUUCACCUCUAUCUGCACCUUCUCUUCCGCUGUAGCUAUGCCAGGAGCUGGGCAGCACAGGAUUGUCGUAGGGGCAGAAGGUGUAUUUGUCUAUGUUUCUAUCAUUGGUUAAAAGACAAGCAAAUGAAAUUCUAUUCUUUUUCCCAAUAGGAGCAGCAGAGCCAAUGAAAUAGGCAGGGCAGGAGGCUCUUAGCUCACUCAAAGGGGUUAUAUGCCAGGCAAAGCCAGCAGUGAUUCUCACCUGAAGAACCUCCAAAACAAAGGCCGGAAGGGAGUCAUAGGAAUGCUACUUUUCCCGUUGGGUUUGAGUGUCAUUUUAUACACCCUGAUCUGCACCAUUCACAAACUUUGCUAACUACCUCUCCUGUGCUAGGCACUGAACUUGGCCAUAGAAAUACAAAGAGGCACAAACAACCUCCACCUUUUGAUCUGAGUUUAUUCCAGGUUUAUCUGUUUAGAAGUCAAGAAUGCAUUUUCCCAUAGAGGCUUUGUUAUAAAUGGGGCAACGGGAACGAUGUUCUCAAAUGAACCAAAAAAUAAAAAUCUAAUUAAACUAUACCAGGGGUUGGCAAACUUUUUCUGUAUCCGGCUAGAUAGUAAAUAUUUUAGACUUUGUGGGCCAUAUGGUCUCUGUUGUAUAUUCCUUGUUUUGAUUAGUUUUUGCAACCCUUGAAAAUGUAGAGACCAUUUUUAGCUCAUGGAUGUACCAAAAAAAAAAAAAAAAAAAAAAAAAAAAU